CAACCCCCUAUAUAAGCUUGGCUUCGGUUCUCGCUGCAACAGUUCCGUGCCACCCUUCCUCCAGUGAAUCGUUGACGGAGCAGCCCCUAAAAUUAAUUGGUGAAUUUAAAAAAAAAAAUAUCGGUUAAUUGUAAUUUGGAAAAUGGACCACACCGAAUUCCGUGUGAAAGCAAAAGAGAUGGUGGACUACAUUGCGGACUAUUUGGAGAACAUCAGGGACCGCCGCGUCUACCCGGGGGUCCAGCCUGGCUACCUCCACAAGCUGUUGCCGACCGAAGCUCCAGAAAAACCCGAGAAGUGGGAUGAUAUUUUCAAAGACGUAGACCAACACAUCAUGCCCGGGCUGGUCCAUUGGCAGAGUCCGCACAUGCAUGCGUACUUUCCGGCUCUGACAUCAUAUCCUUCAAUUAUGGGGGACAUGUUAUCGAGCGCUCUGAACGUCCUCUGCUUUACCUGGGCAUCUUCUCCGGCCGGUACUGAAUUGGAGACUAUAGCGAUGAACUGGCUGGGCAAACUCCUGGGAUUGCCGGAGUGCUUCUUAAAUGAGAAGAACGAUAGCCCGGGCGGCGGAGUUAUCCAGACUACGGCAAGCGAAGCGACUCUGGUCAGUCUACUGGCAGCUCGCACCAGGGCUUUGAUGGAGCUUUCCAAGCUCAAUCCAGAGCUUCAAGCGGCAGAGCUGUUGGGACAUCUCAUCUGCUACUGUUCGGAUCAGGCGCAUUCUUCUGUCGAGAAGGCCGGUUUAAUUGGCUUGGUUCGGAUGAGGUACAUCGAGUCUGAUGAAGGGCAGAGCAUGCGAGGUGCUAAGCUGGAGGAAGCUAUCGCUGCCGACAAAGAAAAGGGCCUGGUGCCUUUUUGGGUGUGUGCAACAUUAGGCACAACAGGAUCUGUGGCGUUCGACAAUCUCCGUGAGAUAGGUCAGGUCUGCCAGAAACACGGAGCCUGGCUACACGUGGAUGCGGCAUAUGCUGGAAGCGCUUUCGUUUGUCCCGAAUACAGACAUUGGCUGGAUGGAGUGGAACUUGCCGAUUCCUUCGCUUUCAACCCAUCCAAAUGGUUAAUGGUGAACUUUGACUGCACUGCGAUGUGGGUAAAGGACAGUACUGCUCUGCAUCGAACUUUCAAUGUCAAUCCAAUUUACUUGAGACACGAAAAUUCAGGAAAAGCAAUAGAUUACAUGGUCGGAUCCCAGAACGAAGACAUAAAAAAGUUGACACUAAAAAAGAUAAACAUUAUGAACGAUAUUGAUCAUCCGAAAGCUGACGAUAACAAAGUUGAUAACAAAUUUAACAAAAACAAUGGGGUAAUCACACAAAUUGAGAAUCGUAAUAUUACCAAAGUUGAUGCCGUCGAAGUGAGUACCGAUGUUGAUGGUAAUAUUGGUAAAGAUGACGAUUUAUACGAUGCUGUUGGCGAUACAAAGAACCUUCAUGGCUACAAUAAAAUAUCACACGGAUGCGGUAAAAUCAUACAACUGGAAGAUCCUAAUAAGAAGGAGCUACUUCAUUGGCAGAUUCCGUUGAGUCGUCGUUUCAGAGCUUUAAAGCUCUGGUUUGUGCUGCGAAACUAUGGUGUUGUUGGCAUUCAAAAACAUAUCCGUGAGGGUGUGCGCUUGGCCCAAAAAUUCGCGGCUCUAGUGCUGGCCGAUCCGAGAUUCGAGAUUCCACAACCAAGUAACUUGGGUAUGGUGGCAUUCCGUCUGAAAGGCGACAACGCUUUCACCGAGCGUCUCCUGAAGCGGUUGAACGCUCGUGGCUACAUCCACGCCGUCCCUGCCUGUUUCAAAGGCAUUUACGUCAUCAGAUUCACCAUCACCUCUCAGAGGACGACUAAUCAGGAUAUUUUGGACGAUUGGAACGAAAUUAAAAUUGUAGCUUCCGAGAUAUUAACUGACGUAUUUGGUUCGGAGAACGGUAACAUUGCUGUGGUCAAGAAGCCAAGAAUCUCAUUAAAAGUUCAUCUGUUCGAGCCCGUCUACUUUUGUUCGUCUACGCAAAUGGGGUGAAGUCGAGCCCCAACUACAUCCCCAUCCUGAGGCCACGCAAUCCAUCACGCCAAGACCAAGCAACAGAAGCCACAGCAUCACGCCUCCGAAAUUCUUUCUAUGGUGGUGUUCAUCUAUGUAGUAAGUGAACCAGUGCUAUCUCGAGUCAAGAAAUUGUGGAUUUAUAGACAUUACCUAAUUAAAGUUUAACAUAUUAUAUCCCCUUAAUAUUAAUUAGUAUAAUCUGUAACGAAAAUUAUUUAAGAACUUUUGUAUCCGAAUGUAAAUCAUAUUAAACUAAUUUUAAUAACUUAAGUUAAAAUAUGUUUAGUCCUUGAGAACAUCGAAUAGCUUCGUCGAGUAUCCAGAAUUUAUCACGUCGAGACGGUAGCGUUAUUGAAUUAAUUGUUUGUCCGACUAUUACACCGUGAUGUAACUUCAUUGUGACUUAAAUAUUUCUUAAACUUCAACAACCAUGUCUUAAACACACGCAAUGGAGGACAGCAAUAACCCGCCAAACGAGUGCAAAAAAAAUGCGCAUCGAAAAUUUAAGCGAACAACACUCACCCCAAACUCCAAUCAAAACAGUUAUUAUCAACAAAUCGACACACGAUUCUGUAUCUAUAAUUAUAGUACUAAUAUCUCCCAUAAAUAAUUACCUUAUAUAAAAAUAAUUACCUCUUUUUCUUCGAAGCCAUUUUCAUUGGUUCUUUUUUGAUGAGGGUAGAUAAAAAAACUUGUCAACUCACGCCCGGUCAUCGAAUGACAGUUACUCGAAUAUCGCGCGCGUGGUACGCGCACCUGCCGCUUGUUACAUCUCAAUGUCUUAAACUUUUGCUACUUUUCUCUUACGAACUCCUACGGACGAUCAUCAUCGUCGUAGUGCGAGUGUUAUACCGGUUUAGUGAGCAUAACUAAUUUAGAGGAGAGUUCUCAAGCCGUCAGGCCGACCGUUGCCAUUACGCGUUGUCCAGCAGUCAAGUUCCUUGGAUUCUGCAGCCUACAAGGAGCCAGCGACGGGUUGCCAGGUACGUCUACUACUCAUUUUAAAAUUACUUAGCCUCGGCCUCUUUUUGUUCAUCCUUUGGCGAUAUUCGCCCCCCGCAGGAACCUACGGGAUACUAGAACCAGCGCACCGCCGUAGUGAAAAUUUCUAAAGAUUUAAUUUUCCCCCGCCAAUCAUUAUUAAUUGACACAGGUGCGUCGUCUAUUAUCCUGAUAUCAAAAUUGUCAAUCGAAGUGUUACCUGAAAUCACUCAAAAUAUUAUUAAGUUCAAAUUGACUCGUCGGGUACAAAAUCAACCCUUGGGCAUAUCCCUAAUCCAAUUCGACGCACUAAAACACAACUUUGACGUUGUCACCUUACGAUAGUACACCUAAUCGGGAAUGACUUCUUUAAUGCAAUACACGGAAAAAUCGAUUACCCCAAACAUCAACUAAAAUUAAAUAAAAUUCCUUUUAAGUUACAAUUCAACAAGUCUGGCGUAAUUCCAAAAUUUCCGAAACUAAAAUCGAAUGUACUGUACUAAACACUAAAAUUCAUGAAGGUCUCAUUUUAAAUCAACAUCCGUACCUACAUUGCUAACUGGAUCAUCAAAACCAAAGAAAACUCCAGAAUCAACAUAUCCUUCGUGAAUACAUACGAACAACCGAUCUAAAGUUAAGAUUGACACCACUGGGUAAAAUAGGACAAAUUCAUAUCGUAUCUAAACUAUGAGGAAAAAUCACAAGUUUUCCUAGUUUGUGAACAAUUUUCAGAUAUUUUUCAUCUCCCUGGCGAUCUAUUGAUAUAUACAAACGAAAUAAAACACGAAAUAAAAACGACAACGUCAUCCCCCUUCCAUGUUAAAAUCUAUCGUUUUCCGGAGUGCCACAACCAGGAAAUCGAUACACAAAUCCAUAAAAUGCUAAUAAGUUAUCUAUCAUUAAGCCUUCAGCAUCUCCCUGGUCGUCUCCAAUCUACUCAAAAAAGCUGACGUUUCUAGUGAAAAGAAGUGGAGGGUAGUCAUAGACUACCGAAAACUUAAUGAAAUCACUAUCAGGGACUCAUACCCCAUUUCAAACAUCCGAAAUAUGAGAUCAACUCAGUAAAAGUAAAUAUUUUAGCACAUUGGAUCUCGCCUCUGGUUUUCAUCAAAUGCAAAUGAACCCUGAGGAUUCUACGAAGACUGCUUUUACUGUUCCCCAAAGCCGAAUUCGAAUUCAGCCGUAUGUAUGGCUUGGCCUUAAAAACGCAUCAUCUACAUUUCAGAUUGAUUCAGAUUGAUUUGUCGCUUUCAGAUUGCAGUGUUUUGUCUAUUUAGAUGACAGAUCCUGUUUUGUGAACUCUAAGCAUCAGCUUUUAUUUUGAUCCGGUUGGUUCACGAAGAUCUAAGUAUAGUGAUACCUGUAGACAUAUAUUUUAUCAAGCCUCACCUAGAUAUAUAUAGGCAGCUCUAAAAGUAGCAUGUACUCUAUGUAACAAGAGUCAAAUAUUUGUACAAAUUGAAUGCGAAAAUGUUAUUCAACCUCUUGAAGUCAGUUAAACAGAUAUGGUCAUAAUUUCGACUCAUUUCUUUAUCUCCUUAAUCAUAUGACUAAGAGGUGCACGUGGUUAUCCAAUAUUGUUGGAACUGGGUUAAAAAAUUUAUUCGGCACCGUGGAUGAGGACAACGCUAUUCGUUACGACGACGCUAUUCAAACUCUACAAAAGGACUUUGCUCCUUAUGAAACAAAACAUUGUCAUUUCUACCUCUACUCUUAAAAUAUUCUAUGAAAUUAUCAAAAACCUCGUAGCUAAUGCAAAAUCCUUAAACAGCAUUGUCAACUGGAUAUUAGAAAGAUCAAAAAAUGUGACUAAAGAAUCCUUUAAUUAAAUAUUAGAACUAAAAUUAUGGAAGUUGUUGAUAUAUUAGAAAAUAGCUUAAUCACUUUAUCAUUUAAACUAAAAGAUAUUUCUAACGUUCUAAUGUUCAGUAAGAAUAAUGUUCUUUAUCUUGCUAUAUGUUCUCCUCAACAGCUAUGUAAUGACUUAGUGGGUAACUAUAGACUCCUACCAAGUUCUAAAGAGCUUCCAAUACAUUUAAACCCAAGUAAUGUUCAUACAUUAAUGGAUGUAUCUAGCUUAAGUACAUUUUAUCACAAUAGCAAAAUCAUAUUAGUUGUUAAGAUACCUUUAGUUAAACCUUUAUAUGUAUCGUGUGUAAGAAAUAAGUAUGUAUCGUGUAUUAACUUACCAGAAAUAAGUAUGUAUUAAUUGUCAUUUAAAAACGAAUCUUACCUUACUACGAGUAUUAUUCCUAUUAAUAUUUAUAUUGCGUUUUCAAGAGACAGAAGUAAAUAUUGUGAUUUUAAUGAUUUAAGUAAAUGUAAGUUAAUAUCCGAAAAUUAUAUUUGUAAAAAUGUCAACAUCCUGUCCAGUAUAACCUAUUUUUAUAUGUGUAAGCGAGAUUGUUACAAAGAUAUUAAUUUCCAUGCCUGAUAAUCGUGCGAUUAAAACGAUAGUAUACCUAA